CAUUUCUUGUUCAUGGUGAGUAAGAAAAGCUCUUUUCCCUAUUAAGAGAGUCUCCCAAGUUAUCAUUAUCUAAUACAAAAUAAUUGAUAUAUGAAAUACAUCAAAACCUAAGCGGAAGAAUUUGUUUUCUCUCCAUGCAAAACCAACAUAAUCAGAAGGGGAAGAAACAAAUCGAAGAGGGGGAAGAAAUGGAAGGAGAUAGAAAGGACGAAACUCUGCCACCAGGGUUUCGGUUUCAUCCUUCAGAUGAAGAACUCAUCACUUACUAUCUUGUAAACAAGAUAUCAGACGCUAAUUUUACAGGAAGAGCAAUUGCUGAUGUUGAUCUCAACAAAUGCGAGCCUUGGGAUCUGCCAGGAAAGGCGAAAAUGGGAGAAAAGGAGUGGUAUUUCUUUAGUCUUCGAGAUCGAAAAUACCCAACAGGUGUAAGAACAAACCGAGCGACCAACACUGGUUACUGGAAGACCACAGGAAAAGACAAGGAGAUAUUCAAUAGUGUGACUUCAGAGUUAGUUGGGAUGAAGAAAACAUUGGUUUUCUAUAAAGGGAGAGCUCCCAGAGGAGAGAAAACCAACUGGGUUAUGCAUGAAUAUCGCAUCCACUCCAAAUCAGCUUUCAGAACUAGUAAGGAUGAAUGGGUAGUUUGCCGAGUGUUUCAGAAGAGUGCAGGUGUGAAAAAAUUCCCCACGACCCAAACCAGAGCAGUAAAUCCGGUGUACAACUUCGAUAUAGGAGCAAAUGUAAUGCCUUCACAAAUGAUGCAAGCGGCGGCCGAGAACUAUCACUUUCCCGUUGGAAGAAACUAUAUGGGAAACCCUGAUCAACUAGCAGAGUUCACAAGGAUGUUAAGAGGAGGUCCGUCAACCAGUGUUAAUCUACCAUUUCAAUCCCAAAUGAACUACCCAUUGGCCGGUGGUGGUGGAGGAGGAGGAGGGGGAGGCGGCUUCACAAUCUCAGGACUAAAUUUAAAUCUCGGAGGUGGAGGGGCCACAACACAACCUGUAUUGCGACCUAUGCAACCUCCUCCUCAACAAGAUGUUUCUUCUUCCAUGAACAUGAUGACAACUAGUACUGGUUUUUGUGCAGAGACAGCAGCAGGCUAUGCAACAGACCAAAUCCAUAAUCCUAAUGGAGGUGGAAACAGAUACAUGAGCAUGGAUCAUUGCAUGGAUUUAGAUAACUACUGGCCUCCUUACUAAGAGUAAGGAGAUGAAGAGAAUAAUCAAAUAUCACUUGAGUAAACCUAGAUUAAGAAUUAGAUAAGUCUGUUCAUGUAGUAUAACUUUUAAGUUUGUUUUACUCCAUAGUUAAUUUUCUUCUGUUUCCCUUUCACGUAGGAAAUUACUGUGUAAGUGGGUGAAGUACCCUACCCAGAGACAUUUAAAUCUUUUUGGUUAGUAACAGAUUGAAAUCACUGCCCUUCA